AUGGACAACGAGUCGCGGAACAAGGCAACGUCCAAGAUAGUCCACCAAGAUGAAACAAAAGAAAAGCGACCCAAAGCAUGUACGUUCUGUCGUAAGAGUAAGGUCAGAUGUGAGAAAGAGAACGACGACGAGAGUUGUAAGAGAUGCAAAGCUCAGAACCUGCAAUGCGUAUACGAAUACAAGAUAGCGAGCUACAAGGUUGUUGGUGAUGCGCCGAACAGAAGCGUUUCGAGAAUCGUGAAGUCACCUCCUCCGAGACUCUCCAGCUCAGGCGAUAAAACGGCCAACGGUAACGGAACUCGCUCCGGCUCGCUUUCACAUAUAUUAAAUCCUCCGGCUCAAGAUGUAUCAGUAUCUUCUUCACUAACAACAGGACACCCGCGACCUGGGAUUGGCUGGCAAUCUUCGGUCGAGACCCGAUUACAGGAUUUUGAUAGCAAGCUUGGUAACAUUCUAACCAUUUUGAGAACUCCAGAGUCACAUAGCCGACCCCCGCUACAUAAAGCAGCAUCAGAAGCCUCGGUUCUGAUAAAUUCCGCUUCUCCAACAUCACUUUCUGAUAUUCUUACAAUGCGAGAAGCAGAAGAAUUAUUUCAGUUUUUCGACUCAAACAUCACACCCCAGCUGUUUGGAUUCAGCAUAUCGCAGUACUCCAUCCGGGAGCUGUGGGAUCAUUCGCCAAUUUUACUUGCAAGUGUUUGUGCAAUAGCAUCUAUACACCACCCUUUACUUGGUCGCCUGUACAAACCCCUUUCUCAGCUUAUACAUCACAUGAGCCAACAGCUACUUACGAAGGUUCCGACGUCAGAAUUUGAGUCGUUCAACACUGUGCUUGCACUUUGCUUCUGUGCUUUUUGGUUCCAAGAAAGUCAAUUGUACACUGGAAUGGCUUUACAGCUUGCGAGCUCUUUAAAGCUAAACCGCCGCUCUUCAGGUUCACAGGUCUCAGAUAAGAACAAGCUGAAACUAUGGUAUCUGCUCUACAUUCUUGAUGGACAACAGUCUUUGGUGUUCAAUAGACAGCCUCUGAUGAAUCACGAAGACAAAGCUUUGAAAGACAGUCGCCAGUUACUUAUCGAUGAUAAUUCUGAGGAUACACCAGCAUCUGAAAGCUACGCAAACUUGAGACUUGUAUCACAAGUUGAAUAUAACCAAGCUAUCAGCAACGUUUUUGACGGUGAUGCUUGGGAUCUUAUGGCUCCUGCUUCGUUUGGUCUGCCUUUCAAAACAAAUUUGGAGUUGGACAAAUGGAUGGUUCAGUGGACCGUUAUGCUUUCUCCGUUCUCAAACGCCCCGAUAUGGUCAAGCAAGAGUACCCUUAUUUAUUACAAUUUUGCCAAAAUGCACAUAAAUUCAGCUGCAGUUCGCUCGUUGCAUAUGGAAGGAGACGAACUACCACGGUGGAAAGAAGUCGAUUCAGAUGAAGCUGAGCAGAUAAAAGAAAUUGAGCCGGUUAGGCCAAUGAGCGAAGACGACGAUGAGUACGAACUGGAAUUGUCUCCCGUUCAGUCCCAGAAAGUCUCUUCAGAACUGGCCCUCUCGUCAGCCGAGACGGUGUUGAAUUUGGUGUUGAGUGACAACGACAUUCUGGGAGCACUAAAAUAUGCUCCUGUGCACAUCCAUGUGAUGCUGUACUAUGCUGCGAUGCUGAUACUCAAUCCGCCAGACUACCUCUCGAGCGUCUCCAAAAAUUUCGAUGACAUCCUUGCGGCUGUACAGCUUGCUAAGAAGCUCAGAACAGUCAUAGUCAGCAACAUGCCUGUUGACAAGAGUUUUUCAAGGAAACUUGUGGAUGCCCUUACAAGUUUGUUGCAAGAACGCAUUUCGAAGCUCAGACAGGAGAUAUCUGAUGAAGAGAAAACUAGGCUGGAUGAAGUGUUGGCUAACAACGACAACCCAUACAAUACAAAAAAGAGAAGACGCCAGAUCAGUGCCUGGCCAGGUUACGACCACGGUCAUCCUAGCAAAAAAAGGAUGAGUGAUGGAAAUCCCGAUGCUUAA